AUGCCGAACUCAACGAAGCGCAAGAUCCUUUUGAUGGGAAAGUCCGGAACGGGCAAGACUUCUAUGCGGUCUUUUAUCUUCUCGUCUUAUCGAUCUGAAGACACCAAACGCCUUGGCAGUACCAUUGACGUCGAACAUUCUCAUGUGCGAUUCCCGGGGAAUCUUGUGCUCAACUUGUGGGAUUGCGGUGGUCAAACAUCGUAUAUGGACAGCUAUAUGAACGCACAAAGGAAUCAGGUGUUCAGUUCGGUGUGUGCCUUGGUAUACGUGGUCGACGUGGUCAGUACGGACGAUGAAGGCGGUGGUGACACGAGCGAGUGGGAGACAGACCUGCGCUACUUUCGCGACUGCCUUUCGGCCCUCCAGACCCACACACCCGAUGCAGAAAUCUUCUGCCUGCUACACAAAAUGGACCUGAUUCAGCCGGAACGUCGCAAAAGUCUGUAUAUGAGCCGCGUAGCCGACUUGCGUAAAAAGGCCCGCGAAGUGCUCAAAGAAGCGGCAUCGUCUCCAUCGCACCGUGAUCGCUCCAUUCACUUGCGCUGCUAUGCCACUAGUAUCUGGGAUGCUACGCUAUACAAGGCUUGGUCAAAUAUCGUGCACACGAUCGUGCCCGAUGUACAAUAUUUUGAGACGCACUUGUCGGAGCUAGCUGAUAUGUGCUCGGCGUCCGAGGUGGUACUUUUCGAAAAGGCUACGUUCCUCGUCAUGUCGCACUAUAGCCCGUCGAUUCAUGAUCAGCGGCAGUCUCAGCAGCACGGGAGCACGAGCUACAUUGUCCGGUAUGGCGACGGUCCCGAUGCACCUGAGACGCUGCUCUCGGGCUUGUCUCUAUCCAUGCUUCCUGCGCAAGACAAGCCAGCCAAUGCGGAUGAAAUGACUGUGUAUGACGACCGCUUUGAGCGUGUGAGCGAGUUGGUCAAGCAGUUCAAGAUGUCAUGCGUCGAGACGCAAAAUCAGCUCCAGUCGUUUGAGCUACGUACCCCCACGUUCUUAGCGUGCAUGGAUGCCCUCACGUCGACGACUUGCCUCCUUGUGAUCGUGUCUGAUCCGCGCGUACAUAUCCGCUCGCUGAAAAAUAACAUUGAGGUGUGCCGCCACCAGCUGGAGCCACAACGCAUACUCCCCGAUGCCUCCAAUGUGCCAUGA